AUGCCCCUCCUCCAAGUAUCAUGGGAAAAGCUCAACCUGCACCGCAGGCUCCAAUACCGCAGGCUGGUCAAAAGGCUACAAAGACUCCCUAGCCCGCCGGUUGACACCUUGCCACUCCUGCCCAAAGCCCCAACUCACGAACCAAAAGCCCGUCGCCCAUCAUUGUGUCUGGUUGACAAUCCUCCACAAGCUUGGCUGCGUGUCGUUCUGGCCGAGGGCACCAAGCCCGCGACAGUGCCAGCCUACUCACACUAUCAACCGAGGUCGCCGGCCAGAUUCACGUUUGCUCCGGCACCUUUGAGCCCGAUUGACUGGAGUCGACAGGGGCGACAGGCUGGAGCAUGA